AUGGAUGCUGGCGAGGUAGCGGGAAUCAACGUGUUGCUUACUAUCUUGACAACAAUUUCGUCAUCAAAGAAAGAUAAAUGUUCUGCUCUAACCAUUGAGAAUGGUCAUAUUGAAGUCAAGGCCACUUCUGGUGAUACUCAUCUGGGAGGACUGGAUUUUGACAAUAGGAUGGUGAAUCACUUCAUUCAGGAAUUCCAGAGGAUACACCAAAAGGAUAUCAGCAAAAAUCCUAGAGCAAUUAGGAAGCUAAGAACAGCUUGCGAGAGGGCGAAAAGGGUCCAUGGCCUGUCGACUUAUUCUCAUACAAGAAUCGAGGUUGAUUCCUUGUUCAGAGGCAUUAUUAGCCGGUCCAAAUUCGAGGAUCUGAACUCGGAUUUAUUUACGAAAUGCAUGGAGACGGUUGAGAAGUGUCUUACAGAUGCCAAGAUGAGUAAGGAAAUGGUGGAUGAUGUUGUCAUGGUGGGAGGUUCAAGUAGGAUCGUGAAGGGAAAUGACAAGGUUCAAGAACUUGUGCUUGUGGAAGUUAACCCAUUAUCUCUAGGUGUUGAAUUCAUAGGAGAAGUCAUGGAGGUCGCUAUCCCAAGGAAUACGACCAUUCCUACCAGAGCAACAAUAAAGAUGACUACUAUACAUGACAAUCAGUCUUCUCUGGGUAUAAAAGUUUUCGAAGGUGAGAGCCUGAUCCGAUAA